AGUGCGGACACGUCUGGGUGGAUGGUAGGUUCUGACGUUGCUGAGUUUGGGCCUUGGGAGUCCGAGUCCAUUUGGAUGUCCGUUGAAGACCACAGCGCAGGGCGUUGGGGUAAAAAUACAAAGCAGACAUGGCUGAGUCAGGAGCCCCCGGUCUGCUGGGAUGUGUGUGACUUUGUGUCUGAGACAUGCCCGGAUGUGUGUCAGGGUGUGUACCAGGUGGCAGUGGGGCGCUGGAACUUUUAAAGUGCGAGCAGGGUCUGGUCUUAGCUGGUCCUCUGCUCAGAUGGCCCCAGUCUCCCGUGGCUGCAGGGGGGGCGGGGGGGGGGGCGAUUGCCAGGCAGCGGGAAGCCCCGGGGACCAGCCCUGCCCCGCCCCCGGCCCUCCCCAGCCCUGUGGGCAGACACAGCUGUGGCCAACACUCACCCCGUGAGGCAGCUGGAGCCGAGGACCCUCCCGCCCUGCUCCCUGGCGAACAAGCCUCAGCUGGCAGGAGGGAAGGGCCCCUGGCCAGGCAGUGGACCCUGGAGGAUGAGGCGGAGCAGGAGCGAGAACGGCGGCGGCGACACCGGAGCCUGAGCUCCACCGCGGACGACGAGGUGGCCCGGCCAGCCCGGGACGGAGACCCGGCGGCCCCAGAGAGACUGCCGAGCGUGGAGGAGAUGGAGGUCCCCCCCCGACCACCCCUAGACUCCAGAGGCGAGGACGAGGACGUGUGGGCCAUCCUCAGGGCACGGCAGGAGCGGAGGCAGAGGCAACGGGAGGUGGAGGUCGCACAGGCCCCCGUCCGGGAGCAGGUGGAGGCAGAGGAGGAGGACGGCGUGGGCACCGGGCAGGCCAGGGAGCUGCCCCUGGUGCCCAAGAAGGAGCUGAAGCUGCUGCCUCGCCGGAGACUGAGCCGGGAGCAGCGGAGCUCCUGGGUCCGGGAGGAGGAGAGCUUGGCGGGCAGGGAGCCGGGAUGCAGCAGGAAGGGGGGCUCAGAGAAGCCCUCUGCCCCAGAGAAGACAUUAGCGCCCGAAAAGAGCCUGGACUCCAAGGAAAUCUCCGCCUCCGAGAAGAACCCCAGCCCUGAGAAAGUGCCUGUGUCCCAGAAGAUCGCAGUGUUGGAGAAAAGAGCCAUCUCGGGAAAGAGGUUGGUUCUGGAAAAAACAAGUGUCUUGGAGAAGCUGCCGUCCCCAGGGAAGACGUCGGACUCAGAAAAGAGACUGACGUGUGAGAAAGCAGCAGUCUUUGAGAAGACCCCGGCCCCUGAGACGCAGCUGGCCCCAGUGAGGGCGGCGGCCCCAGGGCAGCCCCAGGCCCAGGAGCGGCCAGCCUCUGCGGAGAGCCCAUCCACCCGCAAGGGGCAGGGGAGGGCCGGCCCCGAGCAGGAGCCCCCGUCCUCGGCGGGGCUGCGGGAGCAGGGGUCAGAGCGUCCGGCUGUGACUUGCCGCCUCCCACCCAUCACUCUCCAGAUGAAAAUCCCCAGCAAGGAGGACGAGGCGGACACACUCUCGCCCACCCGGGCCACCUACAGCAGCUCCCUGAAGCGCUCCAGCCCCAGGACCAUCUCCUUCCGGAUGAGCCCCCGGAGAGACCACUCAGAGGCAGCCUUAACCCGCAGCACCAGCACGAGGCUCCCGGCCAGCUCCUUCACACUGGGCCAGAAGCUGGAGAGAUACCACACAGCUGUACAGAGAUCAGAGUCAGUCAGGUCUCCGGGCCCCUCCCGCCCUGAGUUCUUGGUGGCUCCCGUGGACGUCGCCAGUAAGCGCCACCUCUUUGAGAAGGAGCUGGUGGGUCAGGGCCGAGAAGGAUCCGCCUCCAGCCGGAAGGAGAACUUGCGGCUCUCGGGGGUUGUGACAUCGAGGCUCAACCUGUGGAUCAGCAGGACCCAGGAGUCGGGAGAUCAGGACCCGCAGGUACCCCGGCCCUCCUGCGGUCUCACCACGGGCCCCCUUGUGGCAGAGUGACCUGUCAGAGGAGGGGCAGCCCCAAAAGUAGUGGCGAUAUUCUGGGCGUGGGAACGGCCGUGGAUAAGCCUGCGGGUCAGAAGGCAGAGAGGAGGAGGGUCUGGGGUCCUCCCUCGGGAGGGGAGGGGUCUGGGGACCCCUGUGCCGUAAGCCUGAGCCUCUGGUCUCCACCCUGAUGCCCGCAACCAGGAAGUGCAGAAGGAGUCGGCGGCCGCCAGGAGGAUCCAGUGGAGGAAGAAAGCAGACCCCUCCCUGGGUGCCGAGGUGUGAGGAGCCUUGUCUCGAGGCUCAGCAGGCACACCUCUGUCUCAUCACCCUGCUCCCUUUCUGCCUCGGACCUGGGACCAGGAACGUCGGGGGGACUCAGCCAGCUCCUUCCCUGCCCAGCCUCCGGGGCAGGUGUGCCUGGCCCCUUGUCCUGCUGUGGGCACAGCGGAUCCUGGGCCCCAGCGCCAGCCUGGGCACAGCACGACUCCCGUCCGCACCUCAGGCCUCGGGGUCCUGUCCAGAGACAGCUGCUCCCUUCCAGGGUCAGGGGCGCCGUCCUGUAAGAAGCCCAGGGUCCCUGCCUGGUCUGAGCCAGCAGGUGUCUCCGUGUACCUCUCAGAGGCCGGGCCACCCACUUCGGCCAGGCUGGAAGAGUCGCACUGUCUUCCUUGGCCCCGUCUCCUGCUUUGUUCUCCCUCACAUCCCCACCUGCUGCUCUGGCCAAGCUGUCCUGUCUCCCCUCCCCCUGUUCUCAGGAAAGAGCUGAUAAACUCAUUCACUCUCA